AUUCACCUGAAUAUCUAUCAGUUGAAUACUAAGAUGAAGAGAGCCUUUGCAACAAGCGUCUUGUUGACCUGUUUGGUUGCCGGGAUACUCGGCAAGCCAUUAACUAAGGAGUCAGAAAAGGAACGUCCGAAGAGGAAGCUGGAAUUCAACGGUCAAGUCGUUUACGUACCCGUUCAAGAGAAAUUGGCUGACCCGUUCUCAAGCAAGAUACCUGGUGAUGAACAGAAGACGGAUAUGAUCCUGAACGAAGAACAGAUAGAAUAUAUUCGGCAGGAGAAAGAGGAACACAAAGAUGGACGAACCAAGAGGAAGGCCGUGAGGGAUGUUUUGAAAAGAUGGACCAAAGUCGGUGGGGACGUCAUUGUGCCAUACAUCAUGGAUAGCCCAGCUGAUGAUAUACCAUAUAUCUACGCAGCAAUGGAUCAUUGGUCGACUAAGACAUGUGUGAAGUUUGAAACUUACUCUUCGGAUCGUUCCUCAACACUGGGUCACAACCAGUGGCUUCGUUUCCAUAAGGCGGAUGGGUGCUCGUCAUACGUCGGUAGGCAACCUACAAGCAAAAUGCAACCACAGCCUAUAACACUUGGAACUGGGUGUUUAGAAUUAGGAACCAUAGCUCAUGAGAUCGGGCACUCAAUGGGAUUCGAACAUGAGCAGUCGAGACCAGACCGCGACGACCAUGUCGAAGUUUUUUUGACCAACGUCGAGGCAGAUCAACAACACAAUUUUGAGAAGGAGUCACUUGAAGACGUUAUGGCUAGCGAAGUAGUCAAAUAUGAUCUCAAAUCUGUCAUGCAUUACGGACCAUACGGAUUCGCCAUCAAUAAAAACAUGCCGACGUUGGUAACAAAGCGACCAUUCGACAUGCAGUAUAUCGGUCAAAGGUCUGGUCUCAGUUUCUACGAUGUCAAAUUAGCGAACUAUAUCUACAACUGUAAUUCUACUUGUGACCCCCUUCUUGACUGCGCCAACGGAGGCUUUGUAGACAAAACAUGCACAUGUCAAUGCCCCCUUGCUUGGACGGGGGCGCUCUGCAACGAAAAAUCAAAUGUACCCGAAACAGUUACUGAGAUCACCAGAACUGAGCCAUCUGGGGAGAUCACAUCCCCUGGCUAUGAAUCGGGACAGUACUCCAUAAACUCAGCCAGCAUGAUUUAUAUCGUUGGCCAACCUGGAGCUACGAUUACAUUAACGUUUGACGCAUUCGAUAUGGAAGAUCCAGGCAGUCUCGGGUGUUGGGACUACGUUCAGGUCAACAAGGAUGACCCGCGAUACGGAGGCGAGAAGUCUUGUGGAAACCAAAUACCAGCCCCAAUCGUAGCAAAAGAUAACAUUAUGAUCUUGUUCUACUCCGACGAAACAUAUACCGGCAAGGGAUUCAGGGCCAAUUUUACCAUUGAUCAACCACUAACCGAAGCACCUGUCGUAACUACCAGAGCACCAACCACACCUGUAGUAACUACCGCAGCACCAACCACAUCUGUAGUAACUACCGCAGCACCAACCACACCUGUCGUAACUACCAAAGCACCAACCACACCUGUAGUAACUACCAAAGCACCAACCACACCUGUCGUAACUACCAAAGCACCAGCCACACCUGUCGUGACUACCAAAGCACCAACCACACCUGUCGUAACUACCGCAGCACCAACCACACCUGUAGUAACUACCAAAGCACCUACCACACCUGUCGUGACUACCGAAGCACCAACCACACCUGUAGUAACUACCAAAGCACCUACCACACCUGUCGUGACUACCGAAGCACCAACCACACCUGUAGUAACUACCAACGCACCAUGUACCACACCUGUCGUAACUACCAAAGCACCAACCACACCUGCAGUAACUACCAAGGCACAAACCACACCUGUAGUAACUACCAAAGCACCAACCACACCUGUCGUAACUACCAAAGCACCAACCACCCCUGCAGUAACUACCAAGGCACAAACCACACCUGUAGUAACUACCAAAGCACCAACCACACCUGUCGUAACUACCAAAGCACCAACCACACCUGUCGCAACUACCAAAGCACCAACCACACCUGUAGUAACUACCAAAGCACCAACCACACCUGUAGUAACUACCAAAGCACCAACCACACCUGUCGUAACUACCAAAGCACCAACCACACCUGCAGUAACUACCAAGGCACAAACCACACCUGUAGUAACUACCAAAGCACCAACCACACCUGUCGUAACUACCAAAGCACCAACCACACCUGUAGUAACUACCAAAGCACCAACCACACCUGUCGUAACUACCAAUGCACCAACCGAAGCACCAACAACUGAAGCGCCACUGAGUACCUUAACAUCCCCAAACUACCCGAAUGCUUACAAUGCCCGGGAAAAUAAAGUCUACCGCUUUACUGCUGCUGUAGGCAAAAAGAUUUAUCUAAAGAUCGAUGACAUGGACAUUCAGGAGGGCAGUAAUGGAUGUGACGAUGACUACCUACUCGUCGAUCUCGGAGAUACUGACGAGGUUUUGAAAACACGACUGUGUGGAACCGGGACUAAUGUUGGUCCAUUCGAAUCCGUGUCGAACACAAUAAAGCUGACAUUCAUCACCGAUGGAUCCGAAGAGAGGAAAGGCUUCAAGGUAUCCUACAAAAUUAUCACAGAAUACACAUGCGGUGAGACCUUCGGUGGGGAGUCCGGUAUAGUCAAGUCCCUCAACUACCCCAUACACUACCCCAAACAGAUACUCUGCGAUUACAUCAUUCAGGUAGAACCAGGAAAGGUCAUUGAGUUGACAUUCAAGGAUAUUGACGUUCAACAAGGAGCUUAUGCUUGCCAGUAUGACUGCCUGAAAGUGAUUCAACUGGACCAAAAUGACCAGGAAGAGACUCUAUUGAGCCUGGACGGGACGUCUCCACCAUCCCCAAUUGUGUCUCGGACCAACCAGCUCACUCUUCGCUUAUCAUCUGAUGCGUAUGGUGGAGGCAAAGGUUUCCAGGUUUCAUAUCUUGCUAUCUAAUUCCUCAGUCACAUCUUUAACUCGACUCCAAACUGACUCUAAACCGACCGGUUUUUACUCCAUCAUUAUGACCAUGCGGUCGGUCUGUUCUCGGUGUGGAGUCGGUCUCGCUGGUGUGACUAUAGGUAUUCAUAAUUUCUUCUUAACUGUUUCAUUAUUAAUUGUUUAAGCUAAAUUAUAUUUGAAAUUCUAUUCUAUACUACCUUUUGAGGGCAUUUAGAUAUUUUAGAAGAAGAUUAUAUUGCUAAUUUAAAGGGAUUAAUCCUUCAUUAUAACAUUACUCUGAGUGGAAGAGGAAACAAAGUAUUGAACAAAAUGACCCCAAAAAUAUAUUUAAAAAGAAGCUUUAAAUCUUUUUAAAAGUCAAGGACAAAUUAUUAUCAUGAAGAAACUCCGAGCGGAAAUUCAGCCACAUUUGAUAUCAUAAACGGAGACCAAUCCUCAGAUUUAUUGUGUAAAUCAUUUUCAAAUUUAUUUAAAUAUCCCAAUGCUAAAUUCGUGAUGGAACACAUAUAUUUGACAUGGUGUUUUGAAGAUAACAGAUUGUUAUACCCUCUUAUGUAAAAUAUAUUCACUCUAUCAUAAACCUAAGAAUGAUAAUAAUGUUGUAGUAGUUCUAUAUAAAUAGAUAAAUAAUGUCGGGUUAUCCUUAAAUGACGUCACAUACGCCCGCGUUGCCAAAUGGGAGAUCCUAUAGUGCUCAUUAGAUACAAACAAUUACUUUCGACUGUCUUAUCUCAAACAUGUUUUUUCCUGGAAUUUAAUUCCUCUUCAAUAUUUUACGUCGUAAGAUAGUAUUGUGUCCUCUAUACACUUUAAACCAUGACACAUUGUAAAUUUUACCCCAGAGUGGGCAGAUUAAAAAUUAACCGACAAAAUUGCAUGUUCCCUUUUAUUUUUACCCAAUAUUGGCUAUUAUUUAGAGUGUGUAUUCAUUUCCUGUUUAAUUAUCUAUUUGUCGUACUUAGUUUCUAUCAUAAGUAGUCAUGUGAUUUACUUGUUAGUGAAUUAAUUUAAAGGUCAUCAGAAUCAAUGUAAUAAUAGGGAGUAUUGAAUAAAUAGUAAUUUAAUAGAAAA